AUGCUUGGAGAGCCACUCCCCUUUGUUUAUGGUCGGGGAAGACCAGCCGCAACCAUGUCCACUUACAACCACCGUCGUGCACCACCAUCAACAACGUUACUACAGCCACCUGGCCUCCACGCACCACCAUCAACAACGUUACUACAGCCACCUGGCCUCCACGCACCACCAUCAACAACGUUACUACAGCCACCUGGCCUCCACGCACCACCAUCCCUUCAUUAUAACUGCCACCACCAUGUCCACCUUUUAACUAUGGCAGCGCCACCACCAUGUCCACCUUUUAACAACGGCAGCGCCACCACCCCCACACCGGCAUUGCCGCCACCACCACCCAACCCCACAAUCGGCAGCGGAAAUCAAGGGAGAGAGAAAAUAAAGGCAUCGCCACCACCAUCCGCACCCCAAAACCACCACUACAUAUUUCGGAUAAAUUCUGCAAAUGUAUUAGCAAUGACAAAAUUAGUAACUGAAUCACAACUUUCUCUCUCUGACUCUAUUUUAUAA